AGAUGUCCUCUCCCCUCUUUCUUUUUGCACUCUCGUAUACAGGUGAGCUACCACCUGCGUUUCAGCUUCACCCCACGCAGAGCCCCACCCCGGGAGAGGUUGGAGCUGAACCCAAACAAUGACCUCGACUGGCACACGCUCAGCCUCUUUCCCCUCUUUCAGCUGCCAGGCCCGAGGGAGCAGUAUGACAAGGAGGGGGGCACGCCUGGUUAUUAUCGAGAGGGUUUCCUGGCUGUACAGCAUGCAGUGGACCGAGCCAUCAUGCGCUCUUACAACAGAACGGCCGCCGCCUCUCUGCUGCCACAAAUCAGAGUGGUCCUGUCACGGUUUCCUUACCCUGCCUUUAUAUAUGACGUCUUCAUCCUGGCCAUUCAGAACCAGCUGCCCUUGCUACUGGUGCUCAGCUUUACCUACACCUCCCUCAACAUAGUACGAUCUGUGGUGCAGGAGAAGGAAAGGAAGCUCAAGGAGUACAUGAGGAUGAUGGGCCUCAGCAACUGGCUCCACUGGAGUGCCUGGUUUCUCAUGUUCUUCCUCUUCCUCUCCAUUUCGAUCUUUUUUGUCACCCUGCUCCUUUGUGUCCAGGUGAGCCCUUAUGGAGCAGUUCUGUCCUACAGUGACCCCACGCUGGUCUUUGUCUUCCUGCUCGUCUUCACUGUGGCCACCAUCAACUUCAGCUUCAUGAUCAGUGCCUUCUUCUCCCGAGCCAAUGUGGCGGCAGCAGCGGGCGGCUUCAUCUAUUUCCUGAGCUACCUGCCUUAUCUGUUCCUGUGGCCACGCUACGACUUGCUGAGUCAUGCCCAGAAGGUGUCAGCCUGCCUCAUCUCCAACGUGGCCAUGGCCAUGGGAGCUCAGCUCAUAGGAAUGUUUGAAGGCAAAGGAGUUGGAAUCCAGUGGUCGAACUUGUUUGACUCUGUGACGGUGGAUGAUGACUUCUCCAUGGCCCAGGUGUUGUGCUUGCUGCUGUUUGACUCUGUGCUCUACGGGCUGGUGGCCUGGUACACGGAGGCCGUUUUUCCUGGAGAGUACGGAGUCCCUCUACCGUCUUACUUCUUCGUACUGCCUUCAUACUGGUGCAGCAGUCCCCGAAUGGCUUUGGUGAAUGAGAAAGAGGAAGAGGAGGAUGCAGAAAAGGCUCUGAAAGGGGAGUUUAUAGAGGAGGAGCCAGCUGGACUUGUCUCCGGGAUCAAGAUUAAACACCUCGCUAAGGAAUUCAAAGUGGGCAACAAGACACGGCAGGCUGUGCGGGAUCUCACGGUGAACAUGUUUGAGGGUCAGAUCACGGUGCUGCUAGGACACAACGGUGCUGGGAAGACCACGACACUGUCCAUGCUGACAGGGCUGUUUCCUCCCACCAGUGGCAGAGCCUAUAUCAACGGGUACGACAUCUGUCAGGACAUGGCUCUGAUCCGCCGCAGUCUGGGACUAUGUCCCCAGCAUGACGUACUGUUUGAUAACCUUACUGUCAGAGAGCACCUGCUCUUCUACGCUCAGCUGAAAGGCUUCUCCAAAGACAAGAUUCCAGACGAGGUGGACCGGACCAUCCGUAUCCUGAACCUCGAGGACAAGCGACAGGCUCGCUCCAAGACCCUCUCUGGUGGCAUGAAGAGAAAACUCUCUAUUGGCAUUGCCCUCAUUGGAGACUCCAAGGUGGUGAUGUUAGAUGAGCCCACAUCGGGUAUGGACCCAUCAGCUCGGCGUGCCACCUGGGACCUCCUGCAAGGGGAGAAGCGCGGUCGCACCAUCCUGCUCACCACGCAUUUUAUGGACGAGGCCGACCUGCUCGGUGACCGCAUCGCCAUCAUGGCGGGAGGAGAGCUGCAGUGCAGCGGGUCGCCGCUCUUCCUCAAGAGCAAAUAUGGUGCUGGCUACCACAUGGUGAUAGUGAAGGAUGCUCUUUGUAACGUGUCCGAGAUCACCCGUCUCGUCCACAUGUAUGUUCCUAAUGCCACGCUGGAGAGCAGUGCGGGGGCUGAGCUCUCUUACAUCCUGCCCAAAGAAAGCACCAACAGGUGAGUCAGUCACGUCUUUGUUCGUUCAUUCAUUCAUUCACAAUAACACAGUGGAAAGUGUGAAGUGGCCUAAAAGGUAGAAAGACCAUUGACACGAAAUCACACCUGCUGACAUAAUAACUUCUGUGAAAGGGGCCGACCUGCACUUACUCUGGGUAUAUGAUUAUGAUAAAUACAUAUAAUAACCGUAUGGCUUUUUCUCUCUUUGGCUCUGUGCAUUAAACACCUUUUUUAAUUUUAUUAGAGCAAUACAAAAAACUGAUAUCAGUGUGGUAAAUAUACAAAAAUUGGCUCUUAUUUUACCACAACCUUUAA